AUGGUCCCCUCCCCCGCCCCUUCCCCCUCCCCCUCCCCCUCCCCCUCCCCCUCCCCCUCCCCCUCCCCCUCCCCCUCCCCCUCCCCCUCCCCCUCCCCCUCCCCCUCCCCCUCCCCCUCCCCCUCCCCCUCCCCCUCCCCCUCCCCCUCCCCCUCCCCCUCCCCCUCCCCCUCCCCUUCUCUCUCGCUCUCACCCGCCCGCUCUCGGUCCCUUUCCCGCGCCACCGGCGCCAUCGUCGGCGCGUUCGCCGGCGACGCGGCCGGGGCGGUCUUAGAGUUCGGAGGCGUCGUCACCGCAGAGGCAGCGCGCCGCGCCAUCACCAUGCCGGGCGGCGGCGUCUUCCGCGUGGGUCCCGGGCAGAUCACGGACGACAGCGAGCUUGCGCUCUGCCUCGCGCGCGCCCUCGUCGCCGCGCGCGCGCCGCCUGCUGCUACUAGCGGCGCGAGUACUAAUACCACGGAACAAGCGAAGACGGAGAAACUCGAGCAGCAGAUGGCGAAGCAGAUGCAGACAAACGCCGCAACUUGCAUGAACAGCCAGGCGAACGGCGCGCUGAUGAGAGUGACGCCGCUGGCGGUGUGGGCGCACCGCCUGCCCCCGCACGCCGUGGCGCAGUGCGCUGCUCUGGACGCGUCGCUCUCGCACACUAACCCCACGUGCCGCGCCGCCUCCGCUGCUUACUGUAUAGCCAUCGCGCACCUCAUCAACCACCCUGGUGACGCGCAGGGCGCGUUUGAGGAGGCUGCGAUGUGGGCUGCAAGGGAAAGGAAAAGGGGAGGUGCGAUGUGGGUGGGGGGCGGAGGGAAAAAGGGAGGGGCUGAGACGGUGGGUGAGUGGCUGGAGCACGUGCGAGUGGCAGUGGCAGCAGAGGGGGGUGGGGAGCGGAGCGGGGCAGCGAGUGGGGCUGGUGCAGCAGCAGGCAGAGGGAGCGCAGGGAGGGGUGUCCAGGGCAGGCAGGCAGGCAGGGGGUCUGUGGGUGGGUGGGGAAAGCAGGCGCUGCAGCAGGUGAUGGGCGCACUCGGGACAUGUGGGAGGGGAAAGGCAGGAGAGGCGGGAAAGAGGGGAGAGCAGGGAGAGGAGAGAGGGGUGGAGCAUGGAGGAGAAGGGCGGCAGGCAGGCGUGACGGACACACAAGGCAUUGAUACCAGCAAGCAGACUGGUGGCAAGGGGUGUGCGCUGCAGGUGGAGUGCACAAAGUUCAUAGGGUGGGUCAAGUGGGGCUUCCUUCUCGCCUUCUACCACCUACUCCGCAGGUCCAGCUAUGACGAGGCGCUUGAGGACACACUGGUGCGAGAGGGAGACACGGAUACAAAUGCAGCUAUUGUGGGCGGAAUGGUGGGCGCACUCCAUGGAGUGGAAGGGAUGGAGGAGGUGGAAGGGGGUGAAGGGGGUCAACAGGGUCAACGCGGUCAAGGGAUUCAAGGUGCAGGGGUGCCGAGGGCAAUGGUGGAGAGAGUGGUGGGGCGAGAUUACUCCAAGGGAAUAGAGAGGCCUGUGGAGCUGAGGCCAGCGGACCUGCUGGCGCUCUGUGAGGCGCUCUUCCUCUUGGCCCCACAGGAAAGUGCAGUUUGA